UAACGUGUCUUCAACAGUUCCCUUGUAGUGGCCGGUUCGAGAAGAGCUGCCAUAAGGGAAAAUUAUUAACACGUCUUUUAACACGCGCCUUACACGUCGUUUGCACAUUUGGCGGGAGGCAGAAACAAGUCAUCAUGUCAUAUUGCACAAGGGUUCUUCGUGCACAGAGACUGUCCGCAUUAGCGGCAGAUAUCCAACAACGAUGCUUCAGCGUAAGUCCGCUGAGUUUUGCUGCUGCGAAGGUGGCCAUGUCGAAAUUUGAUACAAGCAGCUAUUUACCUUAUGACAAGCUACAAGAAAAUCUUAAAAUAGUCAAGAAAAGAUUGAAUCGGCCUCUGACUUUAUCCGAAAAAGUUCUCUAUUCUCAUCUUGAUGAACCUAACAAGCAAGACAUUGUUCGUGGUACCAGUUAUCUCCGAUUGCGGCCAGACCGUGUUGCUAUGCAAGAUGCUACUGCGCAAAUGGCGAUGUUGCAAUUUAUCAGUUCCGGUCUACCAAAGGUUGCUGUACCUUCUACUAUCCAUUGCGAUCACUUGAUCGAAGCUCAGAUCGGCGGUGAAAAGGAUUUGAAACGCGCUAAGGAUAUCAACAAGGAAGUCUACAAUUUCCUAAAAACGGCAGGUGCUAAAUAUGGCGUUGGUUUUUGGAAUCCCGGUUCUGGCAUCAUUCAUCAGAUUAUCCUGGAGAACUACGCUUUUCCGGGUCUGCUCAUGAUCGGUACUGACUCGCACACUCCUAAUGGAGGUGGUUUAGGCUGCCUGUGCAUUGGUGUUGGUGGUGCCGACGCCGUUGAUGUCAUGGCGAACAUUCCGUGGGAACUCAAAUGCCCGAAGGUCAUCGGCGUGAAGCUCACAGGUGAACUCAAAGGUUGGACCAGUCCUAAAGACAUCAUUCUGAAAGUGGCUGGCAUUCUCACCGUCAAAGGCGGCACCGGCGCCAUCGUCGAGUAUUACGGACCGGGUGUCGACAGUAUCAGCUGUACCGGAAUGGCCACUAUUUGCAACAUGGGUGCCGAGAUCGGAGCUACCACUUCGAUCUUCCCGUACAAUUAUAGAAUGCAAGAUUAUCUGAAAGCAACUGGACGUUCGGAAAUUGCCGCGGCUGCCGAUCAAAAUAAGAGUUUACUUACAGCCGAUUCCAACGCUAAAUACGAUCAGAUUAUUGAGUUAGAUCUGUCAACUUUGGAGCCGCAUGUAAACGGACCUUUCACACCAGACUUGGCUCACCCAAUUUCUAAACUAGGUGAAAAUGCCAAGAAGAACGGUUGGCCAAACGAGAUCAAGGUCGGUCUCAUUGGUUCCUGCACCAAUAGUUCCUACGAAGACAUGGGUCGAUGCGCAAAUAUCGCCAAGCAGGCUCUAAAUCACGGUUUAAAAGCUAAGUCCGCGUUUAAUGUCACACCUGGAUCCGAACAAAUCCGAGCAACAAUAGAGCGCGACGGAAUUGCUCAAACCCUUCGUGAGUUCGGCGGAACGGUACUAGCUAACGCUUGCGGACCCUGCAUUGGCCAAUGGGAUCGUCAAGAUAUCAAGAAAGGAGACAAGAAUACGAUUGUCACAUCGUACAAUCGAAACUUCACCGGUAGAAACGACGCAAAUCCAGCGACACACGCAUUUGUUACCAGUCCCGAGCUCGUAACUGCUCUCUCUAUUGCCGGUCGGCUCGAUUUCAACCCGGUCACAGACAAGUUAAAAGGCAAAGAUGGAAAGGAAUUCCUCUUGGACAAUCCCUACGGUGAUGAACUUCCAAACCGCGGUUUUGAUCCCGGUGUAGACACUUACGAUUCACCACCCGCAGACGGUAGCAAGGUGAAGGUCGAUGUAGAUUCGAAAAGCCAAAGAUUGCAGUUGCUCGAGCCUUUUGAUAAAUGGGACGGUAAGGAUUUGGAAGAUUUAACGAUUCUGAUCAAAGUUAAAGGCAAGUGUACCACGGAUCACAUUUCCGCGGCCGGUCCAUGGCUCAAGUAUCGGGGACAUCUAGACAAUAUUUCCAACAACAUGUUCAUUGGCGCCGUCAAUUCUGAAAAUAGCGAGGUGAACAAAAUCAGAAACCAACUGACAAAUGAAUGGGGCGCCGUGCCUGACGUUGCGCGUGAUUACAAGAAGAAAAAUGUAAAAUGGGUCGCAAUAGGUGACGAGAACUACGGCGAGGGUUCUUCCAGGGAACACGCUGCCCUGGAACCACGUCAUCUUGGAGGCCGCGCUAUCAUCGUCAAGAGUUUCGCUCGUAUCCAUGAGACAAAUUUGAAGAAACAAGGUCUCUUGCCACUGACAUUCUCUGAUCCAGCUGAUUAUGACAAAAUUCAGCCUUCCGACAAAAUCAGUCUUCUCGGAUUAAAGGAUUUGGCACCUGGCAAGCCGGUAAAGGCGCAAAUCAAGCACAAGGACGGCAAGGUUGACACCAUCAGCUUAAAUCACACAAUGAACGAGCAGCAAAUUGCCUGGUUCAAAGCCGGUUCUGCCUUAAAUCGCAUGAAAGAAAUUUCUGGCGGACGAUAAGCUAAAUGGCAGAUAUCCAUUCGAAAAAGCUAGAUUGUUAUAACAUAACGCAUUUGGAGAAACGGAAAUGAAAGAAAAUUUGUACUGCAGAAUGAAGCGGAGCCGAUCAGAGUAUGUUAUGAUCAUUACAUUUCUCUUUUUUUUUCGAUUUUCUUUUUUUGAGUACUUAUUGUGUCAAGUUUGAAGUUUUUAGAGUGGAACUUCGAGCAUCCGUUACUAUUUUGUUACUAGUGUGUUAAGUAACACGCUGUGGCAGCUGUCGGCCUUUUCUUCUCCGUCUUGUUUUCUUCAUAGAAUAAGCAAAUGGCAGCAGAUGUCCAAAUAACAACCAAAAAUCUCAAUACUUUAAGUGUCUUUUUAGAUGUAUAUAUUAAAUUACAUGCAGCGUUAGAAAUGUUAAUAUUUAUAGAUACACACAAUUUUUUAGUUUUGUUUUACAUAGAAUUCGUAAAUUUUCCGCGCACUCCCCACUUGACAAUAAUACGCAUAAUUUCUUACAUAUAUUAUUAAUUACAUGUAUAAUUUGUUGAAACCUGAGAGAAGA